AUGGCGGUGGCCAGGAAGAUCAAAACUUUGCUGACGGUCAACAUUCUGGUGUUCGUGGGCAUCAUCCUCUUCUCCGUGUACUGCCGCCUGCAGGACCGCUCAGAGGGGCUGGUGCAGAUCGUUCGCAGCGCCGACCGCCGGGUGCGCAGCCGGCACGCCAAGGUGGGCGCGCUGGCGGAGCGCGAAGCCAUCCUGCAGCGCCUCGACCACCUGGAGGAGGUAGUCUACAACCAGCUGAAUGGUCUUGCCAAGCCCAUUGGUCUGGUGGAGGGGCCAGGAGGCCUGGGCCAGGGCGGCAUGGCAGCCACCCUGAGGGAUGAUAGCCAGGAGACGGAAGGCAAGUUCGAGGAAUAUGGGUACAAUGCACAGCUCAGCGACCGCAUCUCCCUGGACCGUACCAUCCCGGACUACAGGCCCAAAAAGUGCAGACAGAUGACCUACUCAGAUGACCUGCCCCAGAUCUCUGUGGUGUUCAUCUUUGUCAAUGAAGCCCUCUCAGUCAUUCUGCGCUCCGUCCACAGCGUGGUCAACCACACGCCCUCCCAGCUCCUCAAGGAGGUGAUCCUGGUGGAUGACAACAGUGAUAAUGUGGAACUCAAGCUCAACCUGGACCAAUACGUCAGCAAGAGAUACCCGGGCCUGGUGAAGAUCGUCCGCAACAGCAGGCGGGAAGGCCUGAUCCGGGCGCGGCUGCAGGGUUGGAAGGUCGCCACGGCCCCCGUUGUCGGCUUCUUUGAUGCCCAUGUGGAGUUCAGCACAGGCUGGGCCGAGCCCGCCCUUACGCGGAUCCGGGAGGACCGCCGGCGGAUCGUCCUGCCAGCCAUAGACAACAUCAAGUACGACACGUUCGAGGUGCAGCAAUACGCCAGCGCGGCCCACGGCUACAACUGGGGCCUUUGGUGCAUGUACAUCGUCCCACCCCAGGACUGGCUGGACCGCGGCGACGAGGCGGCGCCCAUCAGGACCCCGGCCAUGAUCGGCUGCUCCUUCGUUGUGGACCGGGAGUACUUCGGGGACAUUGGUCUGCUGGACCCGGGCAUGGAGGUGUAUGGCGGGGAGAACAUAGAGCUGGGCAUGAGGGUGUGGCAGUGUGGUGGCAGCAUGGAGGUGCUGCCCUGCUCCCGCGUGGCCCACAUCGAGCGCACCAAGAAGCCCUACAACAACGACAUCGACUACUACGCCAAACGCAACGCCCUGCGAGCGGCCGAGGUGUGGAUGGAUGGCUUCAAGUCCCACGUGUACAUGGCCUGGAACAUCCCCAUGACCAACCCGGGCGUGGACUUCGGGGACGUGUCCGAGCGGCUGGCCCUGCGCCAGAGGCUGAAGUGCCGCAGCUUCAAGUGGUACCUGGACAACGUGUACCCGGAGAUGAGGACGUACAACGACACCCUCACGUACGGAGAGGUGAGAAACAGCAAAGCCAGCGGCUACUGCUUAGACCAAGGAGCAGAGGACGAUGACCGCGCCAUCCUGUACCCCUGCCACGGGAUGUCCUCCCAGCUGGUGCGGUACAGCGCCGAGGGCCUGCUGCAGCUGGGCCCCCUGGGCUCCACCGCUUUCCUGCCUGACUCCAAGUGCCUGGUGGAUGACGGCAGGGGCCGCACGCCCGCCCUGAAGAAGUGCGAAGAUGUGGCCCGGCCCGCGCAGCGGCUGUGGGACUUCACCCAGGGUGGCCCCAUUGUGAGCAGAGACACGGGCCGGUGCCUGGAGGUGGAGAUGUCCAAGGAUGCCAACUUUGGGCUCCGCCUGGUGGUGCAGAGGUGCUCAGGACAGAAAUGGACCAUCAGAAACUGGAUCAAGCCGGGGCGGCACUGA